UGACUCUGCCAUCUGUCUCACUAACUGCUGUGUGAGUCCUAUCAUCGCUCCUGUCUACUUUGUCAUUUUUGUCCUCAUGGCGCAGUUUGUGCUUGUCAACGUUGUUGUAGCCGUGCUGAUGAAACAUUUGGAGGAAACUUACAAAUACAAAGAGUUGGACGAUGAGGUAGAGGAAGAGCUACGACACGAAAUGGAUGAUAAAAAUAAAACUGAAAUAUUUGAACUCAAAUACCAGGAAUCUCACCGCAUGGUAGAUGAAGAUGAUCUGAUAGAUGGGGAGGAUGAAAAUGAUGAAGAAAAAGAAGAAUCAACUGGUAGAGAUGUCAAUGUUAAAGAAGAAGAGAUGGAGAUGAUGAUAAAGAGUAAAACACCGGUCCCAUCAUAUGUACGUAAGCUGAAGACUCCAAUCUGCAAACAAGCAUCUCUCCCUCCCAGCUUUACCUUCCGACCCCCCAGCAAUGAACCCCCGAAUGACGGUGAACCCUCUCAUGGAUCUCUGCUAGUGCCUGUUGACAUCACAAUAUCCAGCUUUGACAGCAGUGUGGAUUUGUCUGGGUCAUCAACCCUGGAUGUGCCCCUUACACCAUCUACCUGCUACUCUGACAACUCCAGUUAUAUGGAAACAAACCUUGACAAUGACCCGUUAACUGUGGAAGAUAAUGGUGAUAACAUGUGUCGUAUACCACAUAUGAACUACCUAAAUCCUAAUGCAAAAACUGUCAGUCCACAACAAAAACAGCGGUUUAAGGACAGAAAACUUGUACGCCAAAAAAGCUGUGAUUAUGAUAGUCCCCCGAUCACUGAGGAGUGUGUUAAUACCCGCGGAAAACUUCUGUUAUCUCCCUGCCAAAAGUAUCGCGAGAAAGUGUCACAAUCGCAGCCCUCCUUGUUGAUUGUAGGCAUGGAGCCCAUCAAAGCUUCAAAAUUGUCAAAACUGUCAGCUUGUCCAAGCCAGCGGCGAAUCAGCUAUCUGCAGCGAAGUCAAAGUAGUGGUGCAGAGAAGGCACGAGUGCGAGACCGCUACUGUUCUGGUGCUAGUCCACACAGACCACAAAAUGAUUCUCAGCAUAAACAAACGACAAAAGGCUACUCUGUCUUGCAUCCAUUAGCACAAGGCCCUGUGGUAUGUUCCCAAUCUGCGCAAUGUCCUACAGAUAAAGUAGACUCUCUCACUUCAUCAUUCACUCCCAGGAAUCCUAGUCAGUUGAACCGUAGCAGCACAUGUGACUCGCAGUCAAAUGACAAUGACUGCUCAACUACAAGCGAUUGGACAGGUGACGAAGAAGCUUGUGAUGAGGAGGUGCGCCAGAUCACUGGUGAUGACACGGAGGAGGAAGAGCUAGGUGAUGACCUUGUAGACUCCUACUUCUCCCCUGAUAUUCCCGGUGAGCGAACCCUGCUACUUGCAGAGGCACCAGAGGAUGAGGAUGCACUCAGUAGUACCCCGACAGACACCACAGAGAGCAGACAGAGCAUGAUAGACUCACAUGACACCAAGAAUCAGGUGUGUCACAUGAGUCCCACAGACACUUCAAGUAGUCAACAGAGCAUGAAAGAUUCACAAGAUAGCAAGCAGCCGGUUUGUCAACAUGACAAUAGUCAUUAUAAAAAACAGCUUCCUACAGUGCCUUGUCAUGUACCCGACAGUUUCAAUAGCCACCAUAGUAACCUCUCUAGUUGUCAUGACAAUAACCCCUGUCACCAUAGUAACCAAGACAAUAAGUGUAAUGGUGGUCAACCUUCUGUCCUAGUGCAGCCACCUUCCUCAGGAGAACUUCUUGUGGACUUGGAGCAGGGCGCCAAUUGUGAUAGCUCUGCAUUAGACAUAGGGGGUAACCUUUACUUCAGCACAGCCAACAAAGGGGGCAACUCAACCUCCGGCACAGCCAAAUUUCCUGUGAUACAUUUUGAUGACCCUCUACAAUUGCGCAGAAGACACUGUUCCACAAAUUCAGAAGACGGUGAAUGCUAACCAUUGUUGACUGAAGUUCUAACUUAUUAAUCAUAUCAACUGUGACAUCACAUCCUGUAUCUAAAAACUGAUAAUUUGUCACUAAGUUGUUUGUACAUGCCGGGGAAGUGGUGUAUGCCCAAAGCUUUGUUACAAUCCAAUAGAUGUCAUUCCUACUUUUACAUCUUAAUGUUUACAUCAUUCAAAAAUUGUUAGAGAAAAAAGAAACUGAAAGUGAUUUUAUUAACAUUAGUUUUUAUGUUGUAUUCUGUGUUUUACAAGUUAUUGUGUCAAACUUAAGAUCUUUCUUAUCAUUACAUAGUCUGUAUUGUACGUCUACACAGAUUUGUGUAUAUUUAAAGCUGUGUUUUACUGAACAUCAGUUAAAUGAUCAUUUCUUGUUGUAACCAUAAUUCACACUUUUCCUCCCCAUGCAUGUAUAUAUGCUAAGAAUAACUUCGAAUACUUGUCAGUUUAGGAGACUUGAGCAAAAACUAUAAUGGGUUACAAUUGCAAUUUUAAAUAUAUUUUUUCCUUAUGAUAAACUUACUCUGUACAUGAUCAAUAAUAUAAUGUCAUAUCUGCAAAACUAUUGCAAUUCUACAAAUGAAAAUGCUGUUUUAAAACAGUAAAUAGUUUAAAUGUGUUCAUGUUAUUAGAAUCUUAUUUAACUCACCUGUAUAAGCU